ACAACUCUGUACAAGCCAUCGCGGAGAGUUGCUGGGAAUGCUGGGUUCGGUGUCGCCACCCGCCAACAACAUGGAGCCUGAUGCCUAUUCCGCGACUUGUUCAUCAAAGAAAGCAUCUAUAUCCUUCAACAGGCUAACUUCCUCACUCCGCAGCUUGCCUUCUAUCCACGAUGAGGCUUCAUCCGCAUUCAACAACUACUCCCCUUCUCAUGCUUCUUCUGCAUCAAAACUUGUUACUCCAGUGCGCACUAAGGCUCCUUCAUUCAAGCAUGGCAAGCAGACCAAAAUCAAGCACUUUCAUCCCAUUACCAUCAACAAGCACUCGGCAAAGGACAAUUCAACCUCGACUUCUCUCUUCUCUUUUAGCAUUGACCACGUGCUCUCUUUUCUCCAUGAUGAUGCACUCUCUGUCUCUCAGUGCUCAAGCCUUUUACCAUCAUCCUCCAUCACUUCUCUCACUCUCCAUGGAGAUGAACUCAAGUGCCUCCCAUCACUGAUCGUUCCAUCCUAUCCUGACUCAUCUGUUCCCAUCCUUGCGGGCGCCAUAGAACCAACCUCAAGCUCUCUCCCCCCUAUCUCCGACUAUCUUCCCAUGUUCUCGCAUGCAUCCCCCUCCUCCUCCUCCAUAAUUUCAAAAGAAUUACUCCAAGAGGAUCUCAACGAUGCCGUGGACGGAGAAUGUAUUGUGGGCGACCCGACGUCAGAGCCACAGAACCUGGACCAUUACGGGUCAAGCUCGAAGGAGAGGAAGAAGAGGAAUUGGGACGGGGCAGCUCGCGCACGGCACAGCGAAGUAUGUACAGGAAGAACAAGACUGACACUCAUAGAAAAGGCAGAGAUCAUCAAGCUCUACUACACCUCCACUCGGACCUCAUCAUUUCAUCUCGAUCAGAAGACUCUGGCCAGGAUGUACAACAAGAGCCCGGCAGCAAUCAGCAAGAUCCUGAAGCCAAACUACGCUAUCUGGAUUCUGUCAAAGUGUGUGAGAAUCUUGAGCACACAGGAGAUAAGCGAUCUUUCUUUCAUCAUCAGGCAAGCCAUCCUCGCAGGGAAGGGAGGGUAGAAGGAACUUCACUCGACUUGGGGGCGGGCUGUACGAUCAUCGGGAGACGAUUGUGGUACAUUAAUCUUGCUGAAGCACGAUUGCUAGGAUGUAGAUGACAAACAUUCGCAAAGGAUGUCAAGCAAAAACGUAGUUUUAUGGUACAGACAGAAGUUUCACAAGGAUGUUGGGGAAAGUUGUUGACAUCCUUGCUUGAAGACGAGACCAGUAGUAGAUGCAACUCCUUAAGAUGUUUCUACUCAAACUUGAAGGCCAGUUUGCAUAACAUUGAACCUCUGUUUCUUCUUUUU